GUCUGAAUACUUUCAGAAUGCACUGUAUAUCAAUAUUCUAAAGUUGAUAUGAUGAAUAUUGAUAUUAUUAGCUAUAAAGUUACCUCAUGAAUGCCUACUUUGUAACCGACUGUCCCAACGACGUCUCUUGGGUGGAUUCUUCUUCUCACUCGACACUCCGUAACCUAGCAACGCGGGAGCAAGUGGAACCAAGAUGUUUCUCUCGGUGGAACAAAGCUUUGCCGAUUGAAAUGUGGCCGGAUGAAGCAGCAGUGGUGACAGGGGAAACAUUCUUCCUUAAUCAGUUCUCAGAAAAUACAUGUUGUAAUAGUUUAAGGUAAAAAGGAAAGAAGCAGUAACCAUGGGAAGAUGCUUGCUUAUUAUUAGCUAGGUUUAUUUGUCAGCUAAUGAAUGAGUCAAUAUUCGAUUAUAAGCAAUUUCAUGCUAGUGUUGUGUUGGACUUAGUUUGGACGAUACAUUUUGUGCAUGGGCCCGUAGCCAUCCCCUGUACUUAUGCAGCACAUCUGAUAUCAUGGAUUGUAUAACCUUGGGGUAAGUUGACAUAAUAGUCGGGAUGAAAGUGUACGCUUCCGAUGAAUUCAGUACAGCUGUUGUCGGAUUACUUUCUCCAUAAUUUGGAGAGAUUUGGCAUUUUCUAUGAUAGCUGGAUGAUUUGCUAGUUUAGCUAACUAACGUUACUGUACUGCCUCGUUGGUUUGUCAAUGUAGUUCUAGUAUUAGCAAUCUAAACGAACAGCGUGAGUAAAAGGUAGCCCAAGACAACUGUAUGUUACCGUACUUUGUUAGUAGGUUCGUCAAUAAGAGUGGCACAUACUUAUUGUAACGUGGUUCUAGUAACCAAGUAACGUUACUAGCUAGCGAAAGAGCUGACAAAUUACUAGCUACGAACAUCAGCUGCUAAAUUACUGUGUUAGCCAGCUAGCGACUGUAGCUACUGUUGAAGCAUACAUUACAAUACUUUAUUGUAAUUUAAAAUGCGUGUUCAGUUAUUUUGAGCAACACGAAUUUAUCUCUAGCAUUGUCUUUGGAAUGACAGUGGGAUUUUGUUAAUACCAUUUUUGUACAAAUCAAAGGGCUGGGGUUAUUAUGCAUGAGGUUAAUGAUCUUUAGUUAUCUUGGGUAGGCCUAUUAAUGUCCAGUUUUUUAUCCUUGACCAGUCGAGAAUCUAAUGACCAGCAGCCGACCUGUGACCCCGAGGAAGAUGCCAUGGAUGUGGGGAUGCACACCUUCAACCACACCCAUAUGAGAAAGGCAUUUCAGCUGAUGAAUGACAUGAGGUGUAAGAAUAUGCUGUGCGACGUUCUGUUGGUGGCGGGAAAUGUAGAGGUGACAGCUCACAAGUUGGUGCUAGCCUCCUGCAGCCCCUACUUCUGUGCCAUGUUCACAGGGGACAUGAGUGAGAGCAAAGCCCAGCAGGUGGAGAUCAGGGAUGUGGAUGGCCAAACACUAAAAAAACUGGUGGACUAUAUCUAUACAGCUAUAAUUGAAGUAACGGAGGACAACGUUCAGGUGCUCCUGCCUGCAGCCAGCCUCCUGCAGCUGAUGGACGUGAGGCAGGUGUGCUGCGAGUUCCUGCAGAGCCAGCUGCACCCCACCAACUGUCUGGGCAUUCGAGCCUUCGCCGACCUCCACACCUGCACACAGCUCCUCAACCAGUCCCAUGCCUACUCUGAGCAGCAUUUUUCCGAGGUGAUGCUGGGAGAGGAGUUCAUGGGCCUGUCUCUGCAGCAUGUGUGCGGUCUCAUAUCCAGCGACAAACUCACCGUGUCCACAGAGGAGAAGGUAUUUGAGGCCAUUGUUGCAUGGAUAAAGCACGACAAGGAUUCUCGUCUGGAGCACAUGCCAAAGCUGAUGGAGCACGUUCGUCUGCCACUACUGUCCAGAGAUUACCUAGUACAGAUAGUGGAGAAGGAGGCCAUGAUCAAGAACAACAACUCCUGUAAGGACUUCCUGAUCGAGGCCAUGAAGUACCACCUCCUACCCGCUGACCAACGCCACCUCAUCAAGACCGACCGGACACGCCCACGCACGCCUAUCAGCCUGCCCAAGGUGAUGAUAGUGGUGGGUGGGCAGGCUCCUAAGGCCAUCCGUAGUGUGGAGUGCUAUGACUUCCAGGAGGACCGCUGGUACCAGGUGGCUGACCUGCCGUCCAGACGCUGUCGAGCAGGUGUGGUGUUCAUGGCAGGGAGGGUGUACGCUGUGGGAGGCUUCAACGGCUCGUUGCGAGUCAGGACGGUGGACAUGUACGACGGGAUGAGAGACCAGUGGACCACAGUUCCCAGCAUGCAAGAGCGGCGCAGCACUCUGGGGGCAGCCGUGUUGGGGGACCUGCUCUACGCUGUGGGGGGUUUCGACGGGAGCACAGGCCUGUCGUCAGUGGAGGCCUACAGCUAUAAGACCAACGAGUGGAUGUUUGUUGCUCCCAUGAACACGAGACGCAGUAGUGUCGGAGUGGGAGGGGUGGACGGGAAGCUGUAUGCGGUGGGUGGCUACGACGGGGCGUCACGGCAGUGUCUCAGCACGGUGGAGGAGUACAACCCAGUCAGUAACCAGUGGGGCUACAUGGCUGACAUGAGCACCAGACGCAGCGGAGCAGGUGUUGGGGUGCUAAGUGGGCAGCUGUAUGCAGCAGGGGGUCAUGAUGGGCCCCUGGUGAGGAAGAGUGUGGAGGUGUACGACCCACCUAGUAACACCUGGAGACAGGUGUGUGACAUGAACAUGUGUCGGAGGAACGCUGGUGUGUGUGCUAUAAACGGACUGCUGUAUGUGAUUGGAGGAGACGACGGCUCGUGUAACCUCUCCUCAGUGGAGUAUUACAACCCUGCCACAGACAAGUGGAGCCUCAUCCCCACCAACAUGAGCAACGGCCGAAGCUAUGCAGGUGUAUCCGUUAUAGACAAGCCUUUAUGACUAUCAGGCCCCGACGGCAGCAGGACCCCACAGCAACAGGUAGCAAUCAAAGGAAGCCACACAGACGUCUGAUUUCACAGUCAAC